UGAGAAGAAAACCUGCAUUUUGGUUAGAACUGCAGUACUAGCACCACAGCCUACAGUACAAUACCUUCAUUUGUCGAUAGUUUCUCUCACUUGCUUAUCCAUGGCGUCUUCUUUCGUUACCCUAUCUAAGCCCUUCGCUUCUCACACACCGAAAUUCUCCUCGUUCUCCACCGCUCCAGCAGUUGGGGGAUUUUCCGUAGGUCUUCAGAGGAGCUCUUUGAAAGUGAAUGCGAUUUCCACGAAAUACGAACCCUCUAAGGUUGUGCCGCAAGCUGACAGAGUUCUGAUUCGUCUCGAGGUUCUACCCGAGAAAUCGGCUGGGGGAGUUUUGUUACCAAAGUCUGCAGUUAAGUUUGAGCGUUACCUCGUAGGGGAGGUUGUCUCUGUUGGAACCGAGGCCAAGGAAGUGGAGACUGGAAAGAAGGUUCUUUUCUCCGACAUAAAUGCAUACGAGGUGGAGUUGGGAACGGAGGAGCGGCAUUGUUUCUGCAAAGCAAGCGACUUGCUGGCCGUGGUCGACUAGAUGCAGAUAACACCUUCAAACUCCUAUUGCUCCGGCGUAGUGUCGUGUCCCAAACCUUAAAACAUGCUUUGCUUUUUAUGUCACAAAUUUUGUCAGCAUCUAUCUAGUUGAGGAAGAUGUAGUUUUGCAGGUUACUGUUAUGAGAUUUGAUCAUUCUACCAAAUUUGUGUGACAUUCCUAUUUUUUUCAAGGUUAACUACUUAUAAAUUAUUGAACUUUAGUCAAA